CCUCCUAUUCAAGCGCGACCCCGAGUCCCAAUCUUGCGCUCAUUCAAGCACGCUCCCGAGUUCCUCAGAGCGCAAAACACGCGCAGGAAUGGCUGCAGCACGAGAUCGGGAUUUAAUCUAAUAAUUCAACAUGUCCCGUUAAUUCUUAUGGUCUGCAAUUUGGGGGAAGUAUUCAGAGGUCUUUUUAUGUCCCCUUCAUCACUUUUGUUUGAGUACUCGGUCUCUCUAAUGUCUUAAUCCAUGGCUUUUGUUUGAGAAGACAACGGAGAGUAACCGGGAAAGAAACACCCAAGUAGUCCGACCGUCUCUGUCUGGGAAAGUGAUUUAUUCGUCUCCUCGAAUGCUGAAGGAUGUCGUCUGCAAGGGUUGAUUAUAUCGCUCCUUGGUGGACUUACUGGCUUCAUCAGUUUCCUCACGUGAAUCUGAGGUUUCAGCCGUUGGAUCACACAUUUAACCCGCAAGACGAGAACUACCAGCAGUCGCUCAUCUUCCUGGGCUGUGUAGCAGCAGCUGGGCUCGGUGUGAACCUGCUGUGUCUGGCCAUCUACCUGAGCUGCCUGUGCUGCUGUCGGAAGGAUGAGGAGGAAGAGGAAAGUAAGAAAUCCAACUCUUGCUGUGUCACUUGGGCUGCUGUUGCUGCCGGACUCAUCUGCUGUGUUGCCGUGGGAGUUGGUUUCUAUGGAAACAGUGAAACCAAUGAUGGGGUGUACCAGCUGACCUAUUCUCUCUAUAAUGCCAAUCACACGCUGGCGGGAGUGGACAGUUUGGUCACUGGUACUGUGGGAGGCAUGCAGGGCGGGCUGAACGAGCACUUGUCUCGACUGGGUGAGAUCUUUGCAGCACGAGGAGACUUUGUGCAGAGACUGCAGUUCAUGCAACAGAUGUCAGAAAACAUCAUGAAGCAGCUGCUUGGGCUUCCUGACUGGGAAAAGGCGAAAGUAGACCUGGCCGCCAUAGCUGAUCAGACAGCAUAUGUGGAAUACUACAGGUGGUUGACAUACCUCUUGAUACUGAUCUUGGAUCUGGUCAUCUGUCUUGCUGCUUGUUUGGGCCUGGCCAAACAAUCCCGCUGGCUGCUCACUACGAUGAUGGUCUGCGGUGUUCUGACUCUGAUAUUGAGUUGGGCGUCUCUCGGAGCUGAUGUGGCCACUGCAGUGGGCACAAGUGAUUUCUGUGUUGCACCAGACAAAUUUCUGAUGAACCAAACAAAAGAUGUGAUCAGCUCAGAUAUUGUGCAUUAUUACCUGUACUGCAGCCAGACGCUCCCUAACCCAUUUCAGCAGUCCCUGACUGUCUUCCAGAGAUCGCUGACCACCAUGCAGAUCCAGAUCCAAGGUCUCCUGCAGUUUGCAGUGCCUCUGUUCCCCACAGCUGAGGUGAAUUUACUGAGUAUUCAGCAUUUAUUGAAUAAUUCAGAGGCCAGUUUACAUCAGCUCACUGCACUUCUAGACUGCCGAGGACUAAAUAAGGACUACCUGGACGCUCUGAUAGGUGUGUGUUAUGAUGGCGUGGAGGGGUUGCUGUAUCUCUGUCUGUUCUCUCUCCUGGCGGCCUGUGCCUUCUCUGUCAUGCUGUGUGCCAUCCCGAGAGCAUGGCGACAGAUUGCCAACAGAGAUCGAGAUUACGAUGACAUUGAUGACGGGGACCCGUUUAACCCUCAGAGCCGACGAAUGAUGUCCCACCGUUCAGAGCAGGGCAACAUGCACAGCUUCUGCAGCUACAGUAGCAGCAUGGGCAGCCAGACCAGCCUGCACCCUCCAACACAGGCUGUGACCAACGCACCCCUGAACCAGUCUGCGCUGUUUGGAGGAAACCCGCGCUAUGAGAACGUGCCUCUGAUCGGGAGGGGAUCUCCUCCUCCUUCGCUUUACUCUCAGCCAUAUAGAAACCGCUACUCUCCAACCAUGAGAGCCACCUACCUCUCCAUGACCGAAGACCAGAUCAGACACUAUGGGGAGGAUUUCCGAGCGUAGAACUGAUCUGUUGUCCUCUGGUGUGAGUCUUCACUUGCUGGAAAUAAGGAAAACUCUCACGCCAGCAUGUGUGUGCACCAAUCUUAAAAGAGCACAGUCUGAAAGUCGAACGUCAUUUUAAGAGCACUCAGUGUGUGUCCGUACGGGUGCUGGCAUGAAUGUGUGUGUUUGUCAAUCAUUCUGAUGGUGCGACGCUUCUUUUCCCUCACUACUGACAUAUUUUUGUGAGGUGCUGAAAUAUCCUCUCUCUAAUAAUCGGUUUUAUUUGUACGUUUACAUCAUAUUUUUUAUCAAACAGACUGUUGGUCUUCCCUAUUGCCUUUUCAACUGCAGAAACUGUUCGAUAUGGGUAACAAAAACUAUUUUGGACCCACGUUAUAUUAAGUGUCUUUAACUUUAACAUUACAAUUAACCAUUUGAUGCAUUGCACUUUUUGUGUACAUGUCUUUACAUUGUACUUAUACUUGUAACCAUACCAUAAAACCUGCCCCUCACCUUAACUGCAUCCAAUCUCAAUAGCAAGUGUUACAAUACAAACUGAACACAAACAGUACAUUGUACCUAACACAGGGUUCCCACGGGCCCUUGAAAUCCUUGAAAGUUUGUGAAUUAAAAAAAAAUAAAAAUUCAAGGCCCUGGAAAGUUUUUGAAAAUAAACACACAUAGAUACAUGUCCUUGAAAGUACUUUUGUGAAUUUAUUUUGUGCAAGAAGUUUUCUGGAAAAAAAUCCGUAUUAUUCCCUCAGGUUCGCUAAUGUUGCCUAUGCACACUAACUUACUAGCUUGCUUGAUUUACGUUAGUUACGCGCAUUUACGUGUUACGUUAAGUGUUACUUUGUGUUGUACGUUGCCAUGAUGUUCACGCGCGCACAAAACUACAACGAUAGUAGUAGUAGUAUAAAUCAGUGUUGAAUUGCUUUGCUUGUUAAGAUAAUGUAAACCCAUGAGGCAAGAAAAACUUAAAAGCGUAAUCUUAAAACUUCUGUUUACAGAACAUGAGCCUAAGCUCUUUUAAAUAAAAUUCAUGCAAAAUAGGGUUGCUAACUGUUCAGUAUAAUAUGGAAUUGUCCCGUUUUUAAGGCAUCAGAGAAGCGUUCCGUAUGAAAGCUAUACAAAGCUAUUUGUAGGCAUACGCCAUUUGAGCAUAGACCAUACAAAGAACAAAUUAAUCAUUCUUUUUGCACUAAUAAUUUUUUGAAUUGUGAACGUAGCCGCUCAAGGAAGGCUUUAAGAACUUGAAAAAUCCUCUGCCGCCUGGACGCUCCCACUUCACUCGCGCUAACGGCAAUCCCCUUCACCAUGCGCGUUUUGAUUUCACCAAAUCAGUGUGGGUGAAUGCAAAGAAAGUGAUUAUUGAUCAUAAGCACAACAUCCAGCUAGGCAAGAAAACAUUCAAUCUACCUGAGGGAAGACAUCUUUAAGUUAAUGUUGUUAAAUAGAAAAAACGAAAUGACACAUUUUUUAAAUUGUAACUUCUAGCAUAUUCCUAAACCUGGACCUCAUUAAUAUUGAAGAACAAAUUCAAGCACCAAAAUCAGCCCACACACUCCAAGUUCUGUUUAAUUGAAAAAUAUUAAUUUUCGUGAAUUCAUACGCUAAAUGGUUGCAAUAACAUUUUAGUUCAAAAAUUUAAAUGUCAUUGUUAAAAAAAAAUGCUUUAUUUGAUGUUCAGUUGUUAUACUUUCAAAUUUUAUGCUGUAUUGUAUGUAAUUUCACAGGAUAUUCACCUCCUAAAUUACUAAACCAUUUGUGCAGUCACAAUUUUAUAGAGGUAAAAUUUACUUAGGCCAAUGCUUUUUGUAUAGCAUGCGUGACAUUUUUUGUAUGACAUUACACUUUAUUUUUAGAAUAAUUGUACAUAGGUUAAGCAAAACAAAUAAGAUUCUUUCUGAGAACCUUUUAUAAACACAAUUGACUGUAGACACAGAAAUUACACUCUGUCACUGUAAAAAAAAAAAAAAAAAAUCCAUAAAAUUUACGGUAAAAAAAUGGCAGCUAUGGUUAAAUAAUGG